UGAUUUAAAUUCACUUCCUAUAUUAUUCACACUGCUGAGAGAGCGGGGAAGAGAAUUCCAAAGUUUGGGUGCAAUAGUAGAGAAAGACCUGCCCCCCAUUGAAGAAAGGCGAUACCGAGGGAUAACAAGAAGACUAGAGUCAGAGAAACUGAGUAGAGUAAAACUGGGAAGUUACACAAUCGUGUCUCAUACUUUGGUCGAUUAAAAUUCAAGUGGCAAAUAGAGCAAUGAUAAACGACGUGAUUUUCUUUUUUUCUAAUGCCAACUGUUUAUGUUGCGUCUUAUUCCCUAAAUGCCCUUCAAGGGUGUAAACACGCCGUUUUGAAUUCACCCGCAGCCUCUGUGGGGCGCUCGGGUCAUUGUUGCUAUGGAGGAAGCGCCCCUGGUUACACUUGUGUUAAAAAAAUCCCACAAUGCACCAAGAACAGGCAGGCACGUAAACAUUGUGAUUUGUACAGUAAGUUUAGCUCGUUUUUGACGCAUUUACAUUGUAUUUAGGAAUUUACGUUAAACACCUCAUAUAACAAAACGGAAUCCCUCUGAACAGAUUUAAACCUUUGAUUCUGUAUGAUCGGAUAGCGUUAGCUUAGCCACUCUUACGCUAAAAAUACGACAGACUUUUUAACAGUCAUGGAUAGUGUCAAUUCUUCCGUUUAGUUGUUGCUAACGUUACUGCUUUUUAUGGUUUAGACGGUUAAGUGUAACAUUACAGCGAUAUUAAUUGUUAUUUAUUUGUGAGAACGUGCACCGACAAUGAUCUGACUCUCCAUAAUCAGGGUUUUAAGUGUAACGUUAGAUAGUCUACCGUAACAGUUAAAUCAGUAUGGACGGAGAACAGCGAAAUAUCGUAAUUUUCAACGCAUCCAAACGAGAGCUCUUCACUGCUAACUCUGGGUACAAGUCCCUGCAGAAGAAACUAAGAGCACAGUGGAAGAUUCAAAGCAUUAAAGAGGAACUCACAUUGGAAAAACUCCAAGGAGUGAAGUUAUGGAUCACUACAGGUCCUCGGGAAAAGUUCACUUUGGCUGAGUUGGAAGUUCUUAAGCAAUACCUAGACAGUGGUGGAGGGAUUCUCGUGAUGCUCGGAGAAGGAGGUGAAAUGAAAUAUGACACUAACAUCAACUUUCUACUGGAAGAGUUUGGCAUUAUGGUUAAUAAUGAUGCAGUAGUAAGAAAUGUCUAUUACAAAUAUUUCCAUCCCAAAGAAGCACUUGUGUCCAACGGUGUUCUGAACAGGGAGAUAAGUCGUGCUGCUGGUAAGGUGGCCAUUGGAGUGAUUGAUGAAGAAAAUACAGGAAACAAUUCACAAGCACUUACGUUUGUAUACCCUUAUGGAGCCACAUUAAAUGUGAUAAAGCCUGCGGUGGCAAUCCUGUCCACCGGCUCUGUGUGCUUUCCUCUUAACAGGCCUGUUAUGGCCUUCUAUCAAGCCAAGAACGCUGGCAAGUUGGCAGUUCUGGGUUCAUGUCAUAUGUUCAGUGACCAGUACAUGGACAAGGAAGAAAAUGGUAAAAUAAUGGAUGUUGUUUUCCAGUGGCUCACAACUGAUAACAUUCCUCUUAACCAGAUAGAUGCAGAAGACCCUGAGAUCACAGACUACACCAUGCUCCCCGACACAGGUUGUCUGUCUAACAGACUGAGGGUAUGUCUGCAGGAAGGAGACGAGAACCCGCGAGAUUUCACUUCUCUCUUUGACACGUCUCUUCUAAAGCUGCACACAAACACUCUUCCCUCAGUCAUUGAUGCUUACAAGCAGUUGAAUGUCAAACAUGAACCUUUACAGCUGAUCACACCACAGUUUGAAACCCCUCUGCCCCCUCUGCAACCCGCUGUCUUUCAGCCUGCUUUUAGGGAUCUGCCCCCACCCAUGCUUGACCUUUUUGACCUUGAUGAGACCUUUUCUUCAGAGAAAGUCAGACUGGCUCAGCUCUCAAAUAAAUGUAAUGAUGAUGAUCUUGAGUUCUACAUACGCAAAUGUGGAGACAUCUUGGGAGUAACAGGAAAUUUAGACAAAGACAAAAGAGAUGCAAAGCACAUACUGGAACAUGUCUUCUUCCAGGUGGUGGAGUUCAAGAAACUCAAUGAAGAGCACGAUAUUGACACAACAGCAACACGGUUCACUAUGUUAUGAAGAAGGAAGCUGCGGAGUAAUGAGAGAGGCUUUUUUGUAUAUACAUAUAGAUACUAAAAGCAAGUGCAACUUGUUAUUGGUUCCGUUAAAGUUUGUGAGAACAGUGUGGAACUUCAUAUAUAAUUGCAGGUAUUUUUGGUGUCAUUUUUUUCCAAUGGUUAUAAUUAUUUAAAAAAUUUGAUACCCAUUGUCAUGGAUCACAAGAUGCUAUAGGCCAUGACAAUAUAAUAUUUUCGAUAAAAGUGUUUUAUAUAGCUGAAGAAUUAGUCAGUGCUUAAUCUUACGGUCAACAUGAACCUAUGCAACAAAACUAGUAGUGAUCUCUUUUUCUUUCACACACACUUUUUAGUUAUAUAACACACUGAUAAUAUUAUAUUGUUAUGGCCUGUAAUGUCUUGUGACAAUCAGUACCAAAUUAUUGAAAUAUAAACAUUUAAAAGUGGAAAAAUGAUUGUGGACUCCAAAAGUGCUUGCAGUUAUAUACACCAUUACAUGCCUGGUUUGAGGUAUUCAGUGUAGUCUUUUUCUAUAAAUGUGUGAAGAUUUUCUCAUGUUCUAACAAAUUAUAUGUACACACCCUAAGAGUGUGCAUGUCAUCUUUUUAAACGUGAAAAUAAAUGUUUUGAAAUGGU